GUGGUGAUCAAAAAAAGAUCUAGAGUUCCUGGGGUCAUGAUUACACAGUAUGUAGAACAGCUUCCAAAAGGGAAGAGCGCACCAGACAUCACCCGCAAACCUGUCUCCUUAACUAUUAACGAAGGUAAAAUGGCCAUCUUCAGAACAGUUGUAACUGGGGAUCCAACACCAACAGUAACCUGGCGGAGAAAUAAUGGUGAUCUCACUGAUCCAGAAAAAUACCAUGCUAAAUAUGAUGACAGGACUGGGGAAAACAUACUAGAGAUUCCCAAUGUCUCUGUAGAUGAAGCAGACACCUACAAGUGUUUUGCCACGAAUGAGUUUGGAAAAGCUACUUGCAAUGUCAUCUUGAAUGUUACUGAAGUUGGAAUCAAGAAAAAAAAGGCAACAGAUCAAGGUCUAGAGAUGGAUUUCAGAAAAAUGCUGAAGAAAACGACUGUCUCUAAGAAAAAACCUCCUCCGAAAAAGGAAGGAGAAGUGGACCCACAGUUCUGGGAACUUUUGCUAAGUGCGGACAGGAAAGACUAUGAACGGAUCUGUUUGGAACAUGGAUUCACAGACUUCCGCUUUAUGCUGAAGAAACUCAAUCAGCUGAAAAAGGAAAGAGAAGAAGAGCAAGCAAAAUAUGUGGAAAAUAUCACCAACUUGAAACCUAUUGAAAUUAAGAGAGAUGGAAGAGCAGAAUUUGAAUUUGACAUGGAACUUAAGGACCCGAAUAGUAACAUUUUUUUGUUCAAGGAUGGGGAAAUGAUUGACUAUGGCAAAGACAAUGAAAUGAAGCACAAUAUGACAAAAAUGGACAAGAGGUACACCUUCAGCAUAAAAGAUCUUGAGCCAGAGGAUGCUGGCUUGUACCAAGUGGAUGUUGAGAACACAAAUAUUUUUUCAACAGAAUUGAAAAUUCCACCUGUGGAGUUCCUUGUCGAAAUGAAGGAUGUAAAAGCUGUAGAAGGAGAGGAUUCUGUCUUUGAUUGUACCUUAUCCUGUCCUUUACCAUCGAUUACUUGGAUGCGUAACAGUACCUGCUUGGAAGCUGGAACGAAAUAUGACAUCAUUGUAUCUGAAGAUCAACUAAAACAUAAGCUUGUGGUGAAAAGCACAAAAGCAUUAGACAAGGGCACAUACACAGCACUUGCUGGCAUUCGGUCAAGCAGUGCUUCACUCAUUGUUGAAGACCAUGGAGCUCACUUUGCCAGGGGACUAUCAGAUGUCAGUGCCCUUAUAGGCCAGCCAGCUGAGAUGGUUUGUAUGUUGAGCAAUGAAAAAUGCAAUGGUGUGUGGUACAAAGAUGGGAAGAAGCUGAAACCUACAGAUGGGGUGGUGGUUACUAAGGAUGGACGUUAUUGCAAGCUAACAAUCAAGAACUGUAAGGAAUCUGAUUCAGGAAAAUAUCGCUUUGAGACAGAUGGGGGAAAAACAGAAGCUGUGCUUAAUGUGCGAGAUCCUCCAAAAUUUGACUCAAAAGACCUUGGUAAGUUUUCAGAACCAGCAAUGGUGCGAGCUGGUGAAAAUGCAAUCUUCAAGAUGUGUUUUGCCGGUCGAAAGCCAUUGAAGGUGCAGUGGUACAAAGAUGGUGAUGAACUGCUGGACGAUCCAAAUAUCAAGGUAGAGACCACUUCCACUCACAGCUGCUUGCUCCUCAGCAAGUGCCAACGUAAAGACUCUGGCGAAAUUAAGAUCAAGAUCAAGAAUGAGUUUGGAACAACUGAGGCUUUAUCCAAACUACUUGUGCUAGCAUUUCCUAAUUCACCAGCAGCACCAAAGGUAGUAAGCGCUUUUAAAGACUGCAUCAAUCUCUCAUGGACUGCUCCGACGAACAGCGGAGGAAGCUACAUUUUGGGCUACCAUCUGGAGAAACGCAAGAAGGGCAGCAAUGUGUGGACAUCUAUAAAUCCAGUUGAUGAGCCUAUUAAAGACAAAAAGUAUGCUGUGUCUGAUGUGGUUGAAGGAACAGAGUACGAAUUUCGUGUUACGGCAGUGAGUGCUUCAGGGCCUGGUGAGCCUAGUGCCCCAUCUCAUCUUGUGGUGGCAAGAGACCCAACAAAGUACCCUGGUAAGAUCACAGACCUUAAGGUCAUAGACUCCACCAACACAUCCUUGACCCUGUCUUGGAACAAACCCACGGUAGAAAAAGGGCUGCAAGACGAGGCCAAGGGGUACUUUGUAGAGAUGAGGCCAGCAGAGAGUUCGAGAUGGGUGCGUUGUAACACCAAUCCCAUCACCAUGACCAGCUACACAGUGAAAGGCCUGAAGUCCAUGGCCAUGUACUGGGUGAGGGUGAUCCCCAUGAAUGAAGGGGGAGAGGGAGAACCACAAGAAUUAGACAAGUACAUCCUGGUUAUGCCCCCACCUGUGAGACCAGAUAUUAAGAAAACCAAAGAAGAGAAUUUCAAAGUGAUUCGAGUAGGCAAUACUGUCCGAAUAAACGUCACCUUCACGGCCUCCCCCUUUCCAGAUAUCAUCUGGCUGAAGGAUGGUGUGCCAGUGUCGAAACGAGUAACAAUAAGCAACACCGAGGGCACCUCCCAGCUCCUGAUUCCCACCUCAGAGCGCUCUGACACAGGCAUUUAUACCGUUAUUGUCAAGAAUCUUUUUGGCCAGGAAACUAUCAGUUUUGACAUAAGAGUCACAGAUGACCCUAAAUCCCCUGGCCCAGUGACGCUGGAGCAGAAUGUCCCUGGUACUGUGACACUGUCCUGGGCGUCCUCUCCAGAUGAGAGCCUUGACAACCGCCUGCACUACAUGGUGUGCGUACGUGACACCAGCAAGAGGGGCUGGCAGACAUUAGCUGACCGCCUCUUUAACAACAAGUUCACAGUCACCAAUAUCACACCUGGGCACGAGUACCAGUUCCGCGUGUAUGCCAAAAAUGACAUUGGCUUCUCCGAACCCUCCAAAUCGUCACCCUGGGGGACGAAAAAAAAGAAAGACAAGUUCAAAGUGGACGUACCCGAAAUGAAAGCCAUCAAGUUCCAGACACCGCCAACUUUUUUGGUGCCGCUGAAAAUGCACAGUGCUCCCCAAGGCUAUGAGUGCCACAUGAGCUGUGCAGUAAGGGGCAACCCAGUACCUCAUGUCACGUGGUACCACAACAACAUCAGUCUCAACACCAAUACCAACUACUACAUCACUAACACCUGUGGUGUGUGCUCCAUGGUCAUUCUCAGGGUUGGUCCCAGUGACAAUGGGGAAUACAAGGUGAUUGCAGAGAAUCCACUAGGCAGGGCUGAGUGCUCUGCCAUGCUUACUCUAAGAGAAUAAGAAGUCCUACAAUCAAGAUGACCGUUUCAGUCUUCAGACAAUUUAUGACACCACUCAGC